AUGUCAGAUAAACGAGUUGCGGAUCGAUCAGCGUCAGUUAGUAUUGCAAAAAAGAUUCGAUUUGAUGAUGAUGGAGAUGUAGCCGAGGUCGCUGAAGUAGUUCCUGAAUUCACUGUAGCAGCACCCAUUCCUCGAAUCAACGAGCCAGCUGCAGUACAUCGUCAUCAACUUGAUGCAGAGCAGAGAAGUGAGUUGCAAAGAAAGCGUAAGGAGCAAUGGCUACAGCGACAGGGGUUGCCGAUUAGCGAAGAGAAUGCAUCGUCCACCAGUAAAGUCUCUAUGACUCCACCAGCAGCCAUGACAGUCCAUCCUGAGCGACAAAAUAGAGAAGAUCAAAUACUAGCAGAAAGCAGAGCGGCAGUAGCAGAAGCAGAAGCAGCCAAGGUAGCCAAGAGAUUGCCUACGCCUAAAAUGCCUGUUGAGAUCCGUAAAGCCAUGCAGAAACAGCGUCGAAUCAUGUCCAAGGCCAAAUUGGAAGAGGAAUUGCUAAAUUUAUCUGCCAAUCCCAAUCCGAGUAUCGAGUCCAAUGAUUCUGCACCGACUUCUAUUGAAACUGUUGCUCAAAAAACUGCUGAUGAAAAUGAUACUGAGAAUGCCAAACAAACUCUUGUUCCACCACCAUCCAAGGCAACUAAUAAAAAGGCUCGAUCAAAGAAGGGCGGAAAUGAACUCGAUCAUGAGCCAGAUCUUAAAGCAAAACAGGCUGCUAUGGACUAUCUAGAUCUAUUCAUCAACAAUCGCAAACAAUGGAAAUUUCAAAAAGUGCGGCAGAUAUGGAUUUUGAGAAAUUUAUAUUACCAAGCCAUGGUGACCGAAAAACAGUUUAAAGAUGCAUUAAGUUAUAUGAAGGAUAUGGGUGCUCGUGCAAAGGAAGAAACCAUUGUUGAGGCCAAUACGAUUCUAGAACAAGUUCGUAAAGCCAAAGAAGCCAUAAAGACACAAGACGGAAAGACAGGAGAUGAUAAUGACAAAGAUUCGGAAAUGGAGGACGGCGAUGAAAAGGACUUGGACAAAAAGAAAGUGUUGAAUGUCGCAGCAACGGAAACUAUGUACAAGCGAGCAAAAAAAGUGAUCAAAAAGAUGCAAGAGAAAUAA